AUGCUGUGCACCACCCAGGCCCUCCUUGCCUCGCUGCGUUACCGCAGACCGUACUGGAUGCUCUUCCUUAAAGGCGCCGACAACUGGAGGAUCUACACUGUUAUCCAGCAGCCAGACCACCAGCGUACGGAGAUGUUGUACCAGGCGUGGCUAGGCGGCCUCGACAGACCCUAUGUGCGGCCGAAGUGCAUGGCGCAUCAGCCGGUGUGGCUCAGCAAGAAGCGCCACCUCCUACAGAAGGCUCGCCUUGAGGGCCCCGAGACGUCCAUGGAGAAGUACGUACUUGAGUGGUACAAGAAGUUCCACUCCUUUCAAGGGACGGAGCGGCCUACCGCGGAGGACCUGCACACGGCCUUCGACCUGGUGGAGCGCCCGCUUGACCUCAGCUACGCCUGCCAGCUGCUGAGCCAGUGCAGGAACCACUACUACAUCUGCCUCGUUGAGGACUCGUUCGAGAUCUUCCUCGAGGCGUGUCUGCGGGUGGAUCGAAAGGACUGCGCCAGCUAUGCUCUCGAACAUGCGGAUGAGCUUGGCUUCUGGCACGUUAGCGACAACUGCCGGCGCUAUUUGUCCGGGGAGCAGACCUGGUAUAAGAGAUCACCGGUAGACCUCCUCUAUUACCCACUUGAGGAGAAUGCGGAGCGCAACGCUGCCGUUACGUCUGGCACCGCAGGGUCUUCGGCAGACACCUCUGAUAAGGUAAAGGGAGCCGAAAAGGCGGAGAGUGAGGGCGAGGCGGGGGUCACGGAUGACGAAAUUGCGCGACUGCAGUCGGAGCUGGAGGCUCUGGAAAGAGAAAUGGGGGCCGGGGAAGAGGACGGCACGGACAAGGACUGA